AUGUUCGGGGCUUCAAAUAACACGUUCGGUGGGUUCAAUGCCGCUAAUCAACAACAACCCCAACAGCAGCAACAACAACAACAACAACCGACCGGCGGUCUCUUCGGCGGAACACCUGCGAACACCUCCUUUAACACGUUCGGCCAACAACCCGCAGGGAACACCUUCACUCAGCAACCCCAGGCCACCGGUUUUGGCAAUAAUGCCUUUGGUGCUCCAGCUUCAUCUACUCCCUUUGGCCAAACGCCCGCUCCUGCGAAUAACCUCUUUGGCCAACCUCAAACUCAGUCCUCAAAUAUCUUUGGCGCUUCCCCUCAACCUCAGCAAGCACCCCCUAAUACCGGCUUCGGCGGCUUUGGUGCUGCUCCCACUAACACAUUCGGUACCUUUGGGGCAACCACCAAUACAGCUACCCCCAGCUCCAACCUCUUUGGACAGAAGCCGGCCGCUUCAACUCCUACAUUCGGCGCUGGUACCGCGACUGGUUUCGGAUCCAACGUGUUCAACCAAAACACUGCAUCUCCAUUCGGGGCUACCGGCCCUUCAGCUCCUUCGAGUGGCACCGUCAACCCUCCCUAUGCGCCCGUAACUUUGGCUGAGAACGAAUCGACUCCUAGCUCGAAAUCCACCUUUAACUCAAUCGUCGCUAUGGAUGCGUACAAAAAUUUUAGCUUUGAAGAGCUCCGGUUCCAAGAUUACAUGCAGGGUAGAAAAACUGCGGUGCCCUCUAACACACUCGGAACAGGCUUCGGCACCCAGCAGCAACCUCAGACCGGCGCUUUUGGAACUUUUGGAAAUGCCAACAAUACCAAUACACAGGUUGGCGCGUUCGGUCAGCAGCAACAGCCCCAAGCUAACAUUUUUGGUGGCGCGCCUUCCUCAAACACGUUCGGAGCCCAACCAGCAGCUAAUCGCAACAUAUUUGGUCAACCAGCCAACACUACCUCAACCCCAUUUGGUCAGGCCCAAGCUCCAGCCACCUCAAAUGCUUUCGGAGCAGCUGCAGCACCCGCAGCCACUACCUUCGGCUCGAACAACAUGUUCAACAAUAACGCGACCAACGGUAGCCCCUUCGGUGCGCCAGCCGCCAAACCAAACAUCUUUGGAUCUGCAACUACCCAGACCCCCUUCGGCGCGCCAGCUGCUUCAGCUGCACCUACGACCGGUAUCUUCGGGAGCACGCCCGCGCAACCUCAGAAUAAUCUUUUUGGGGCUGCAAACAACCAGAAUGGCGGUGGAUUGUUUGGCAAUGCCAACAACAACAACGCUACUCAACCCGCUGGUGGCCUGUUUGGCGCAAACACCAACCAGAACAACGCACAAAAACCAGCCGGUCUUUUCGGGGGCGGCUUGGCAACGGGCUCCACACUCUUUGGUCAGCAAACUCAAGCGGCGAACACGACCAAUACUUUUGGAUUUGGACAAAACAAUCAACAACAAACAACCGGCGGAUUAUUCGGAAAUAACAACCAAACGCAGCCCAACGCGAGUGGGGGUCUUUUUGGCCAGAAUAAUAACCAGCAGGGCCAGAACACGACCAGCGGUGGAUUGUUUGGGUCCAAUAAUGCAAACAACCCAACUCCCAACACUGGCGGACUCUUUGGUAGCAACACCAACAACAACAAUGCGGCCUCCGGCGGUCUGUUUGGACAAAAACCCGCGAAUCCGACUGUGUCUCUUUUCGGUAACAAGGACGCAGGCGCCCAAAACAACAACACCAAUUUUGGCGGUACCACAGGCGGGUUGUUUGGGGCUCAGCAAACGGGUUCGACGUUUGGAAUAGGAAAUAACCAGAACCAGAGUAACAACUCCGGCGGAAAUAUGUUUGGUCAAGCGAACAAUCCACAGAUGUUUCAGAGCCAACAGAACGGCCUGUUUCAAAGUCAACAAGCUCAGCAGCCUACACUUCAGGCACGCGUCGAUCGAGAUGCUUAUGGGAAUAACCCCCUGUUUGCCAACCACGGCAUCUCUGCGGGUUGCAAGCCAGCCAUUCCGAUUCGAAAACAACUGCCGACCAUCGAUUUCAAACCACUGCCACGCCCCAACACGAAAAUCGUCAAACUGCGUGGUUUUGCGCGUUCUGCAAGUCCCGUCAAGAACGUGAGCUCCGGAAGUCCUAUGAAUGCUAGUUCGGUCUCGAAUGGCUCUUCGGUCGUAUCUCGUUCAUCCGCUUACUCCAGGCACGAGGAGCCUUUACUGAGCCCCAAAGCUUUUAUCGUCAAGCCCAGUCCCAAAAAGCUUACUAUCGACCCGUCCACAAUUUCAACACUAUUUCGCAACCGAAGUACCACUAUUAAUGGAUCUCCAUCAUCGGUGCAGGGUACACCUCCCCCUCCUAGGAAAAACACUGCAAUCAACCGACCCGAAUCUGUCUUUGACCCGGAUGCUGAAUCAUCUGCCCGGAAUGUCUUCUCAGCAGCCUCACAUGGCCCGACCCGAAGUGUAGGCCAGGCAAGCGAAUCAAACAACGCAGCGAAACAAAGCUCAGCUGUAAAAUCUCCCACCAACUCGAAAAAUGCACCGAAUCUUUCUGGCUCCAACCAACUAACAACCGAUAACGAAAUCAACUCGGAUCGUGUGCUCAUGGAAGAUGAGGUGGUGAUCCGUUCGAAGUCUCAAGCAAAGGAUGGAGAGUACUGGAUCCUUCCAUCGAUAGACGAGUUGCGGCUCAUGAAGAGGAAAGACUUGAAAGCAGUCCCCAACUUCAAAGCUGGUAGGGUUGGCUAUGGUCAGAUUGAAUUUCGAGAGACCGUCGACCUUAGUGGCCUCGAAGACUUCUCCACAGACCUAUGUGGCGAAAUAAUUGUAUUCAAGCAAUCCCUGUGUAGUGUCUACCCUGACGACCCAGUCGACAAACCACCCGUUGGAAAAGGUCUCAAUGUCCCUGCAGUGAUAACCCUUGACAACUGUUGGGUGUUGGACAAAGCAACUCGAAUGCCGAUCAAGGAUCCAAACCAUGCCCGUGUCAAGCUGUUUACCAAGAGAUUGAUGAAAAGUGAAGACACCGAGUUCAUCGAAUAUGAUGCCCAAACUGGCAAGUGGACGUUUACGGUCGAACAUUUCACCACCUACGGGAUCGACGAUAGCGAUGAAGAAAGUAAUGAUGAUGAUGACGAAGAUGAAGAUCAGGAAGGCGAAUCAUACGUCCGCUCUGAAUCCGAAGAUGAUCUUUCGGGAUUGGAUCAUCGUCACAGUCGACUAGUUCGACCGCUACAUGAGAUGACAUCUAAUGGAAACAGUAUUUCUGAUGAGAACGAAGAUGACGGACCUCCUCGGGCUAUGUUAUUUGAUGACGAGCAGGAAAGCUUACCGCUCCACAAAGAGAAUCUUCCGACAACUCACGGUCAAUUGAUCGACAGGUCUGAAGACGAAACUACUGCAUCAGUUACUGGGAGUGAUGACCGUGAAAGCCCAUUCAUGGCCAAGCACGUGAGUAAAAAGCGACCAAGGCAGGGUGUAGAUUCUGAAAACUCCCUCGACAACGAUCCGUCUAAGCAAGCUUCAUCCUCAGAUUGGAGAAACUCGAUUGGACUCGAAUCUCGGAAAGUUGCAGUUAUGCAAGCUAGCCUGUUUGCCCGUCCCGAUUCAUCACGGGCUCGGCUUCAGCUCACUCCCAAGGUACCCUCGAAAACUCAAACAGCACCUAGUGAGGACCCCCGACGAGCGCGCAACACCUCACGUCAACCUCCAUCACACACUCCGGAGCCGCGCCAGAUCACAAAUACGCACACCAACAUCCCGACUCCCUCGCCUCACGUGCCAGUAAAGAAACAUCUCAACGUACCUGUCAGGCUUAGAUACCCACAGUAUAUCCCUUUAUCAAAAUCUUUAGCUUUCGGGAAAUGUAUCUCCAAUAAGAGCCCCAGCUUGAGUAUGGCUCGAUCCUUUCGAGUUUGUUGGAUAGGGCAAUCUAACCAAGUCAUUCACCCGGCCCGCGGUGAAAUUGGAAAUAUUCUGGAUACUAGUAACCUACAAAACACAUCGUUCGGCCAUCUUGCCGUUUCCACUAUUUCAUGUCACGCUUUUGAGAAUUCGAUGGAAAUCAAAUCUGCCCAACGCUUGCUAGAAAUCCAGCUCAAACAUUCCACCAUUCGGUUGGAGGAGGGUGUACCCAACGUGAUGACCAAUCCGAACUUGAAAUUUCGAGAUUUUUUGGCCAGUUAUGAUAAAGCAGAUCGAUCAAAUGAUGCAUUGACCUGGGGGCUGUGCUCGGCUCUAUUCGAUGAGUUAGAAUUGAGGAUCCCGAAGGGCGCAUCUCCUGGAGCUGUGGAUCGAAUCAAGCGCAUCCGACGUGAAGACGCCUUCACGAAGUGGCUGGAGAAGACCGUCGCCCCGUCAGUCGAACAAGACGUGAGAUCUCCCAGUCGACAGCAGGGUAAAUUUAGCGCCAUCUUCCAACUUUUGACUGGAAAUCAGAUUGAGCGAGCUUGUGAAUUGGCAAUCCAAACGGACAACUACCGCUUGGCAACGUUGAUCGCACAAUGUAGACGAAGUGACGCGACGUUCAAGACAGAUAUGCAUCAACAAACUCAGAUCUGGCGCCAGCUCAGAGUGGAUGCUCACAUUGACCGAGAUCUGAGGAAGACCUACGAGUUGAUUUCUGGAAACGUCACAAUGUCCAAAGGCUCUGGGAAAAAGGGCCUGCAGGUGGAUCAUAGCGAGGAUAUAGGGAUCGGCGAAGGGCUAGACUGGAAGCGAGCAUUGGGUCUUCAUUUCUGGUUCCUAGCUCCGGACGAUAACGUCUGGCUUGCCGUCCAAACUUAUGAGGAUGCAUUCAAGAACGCUCGAUGCACGCCACCGCCGAUCCCGUGGUACAUGGACUCAUCAACUGCUAGCAUAUCCGAGCCUGUCCCCAAUCGAUGGAAGCUCGAUCCAGACCAGCCCGUAUAUGAUGCCAUCUUUCAAAUCCUCAAGAUCUUUGUCGAUCCCACGUAUCCGCUCGAAUCCGUUUUAGAGCCCCGAGGCUUUGGUCCAUCCCCGUUUGAUUACCGAAUGCCUUGGCACCUCUACAUCCUUAUCGCGAAGGUGAUGAGGUUGAGGGACUUCGAAGACCGAGAGCCGAUCAUGAGAGAUAUCGAAACCUACUCAGAUGAUACCAGUCUCUCAGAAAGCGGGAGUGUUUCGGCUGAUAUUCUGACCAGUCAAUACGCCGACCAAUUAAAUAAAUUAGGACUGAUCAAAUGGGCUGGCUUUAUCUUGUUACACUUGGAGAAUCCGGAAGGCCGAGCCCGAGCCCUGAAGGAAUUGAUUUCUAGAAAUAUCAAGGCAGUCACAGGCGACGUCGAAGAUUUUUUUGUUGACAAAUUGAAGAUUCCAUCUACUUGGAUAUAUCUUGCUAGAGCUCAGGUAGCACAUUAUGAAGGUCGCUUCUUUGAAGAAUACCAUCUCUUACUAAAAUCGUCGAGAAUCAACGAAGCUCAUAAGAUUGUCGUCUUAGAAUUGGCACCAGAUGCCAUCUUGAGAGGAGAUUUGAAGUUGAUCAGGAAUUUGUUCUGCGGGAAAUCCAACAUUAUUUCAAGCUCGGAGUUGACCGGCGUAGCCAAGGCCUUCAUGGAUUUUGUCAAGGUGGUCGAAGGUUUACAAUUCUUGAAUGCAUCCAAUGGAGCUACAGCCCUCACCGCACGGGGGAAACGAAGUUUGGAUAACCAAGUCGACCAAGCCCAAAACCGGGAAGAAAUCGAAGAGAUGCUGGGGACUAAAGUGUCUAACUUGAUCAAAGAAAUCCCACUGAUCUUCAAUGAGUUUUCGAAUGCCAAUGGGUUAACCGUCAAACAGCAGGUUUGCAUCAAUGAGAUGAUGUCGAGUUUGAUCAAUCUGAUCGAAUGUAAUCCCCGCUCACUAAGCCUCAACCACAACGCCAUCAGGGACCAUCAACGGACGUCGAACACGCCUCAGAAGCCAUACCACUAUCUCAACAGUAACAAUACCAAUCUGAUCAACAUUAAAGACUUGAAAACCUCCGAUCAGGUGCUCUUCAUCCAAAACUUUUCCCACGAAAACUUCCUCAAAACUUUACAAAACUUUCCUCCGCUCCGUUCUCCACCUACCACGACCACUUCAUCCCCUAUCCUGGUUUAA